AGAACUAUGACUUUCAAAAUGAGGGUCUCAGGACUCGGUCGGAGCAUCCUCUCCGCAUCUACCACAUUUCAACUCCCGAACCGAUGCUCAGCGUCUAGCCGCCGUUUAUACGCCAGCUCACACUCCCUCCCGAAGAUCGCAGACACCUCAGUAUGGACAUCAAUGAUCCCCAGAUUCAUUCGGGAGCGCAAAUCCGGCCCGUCGAAGAAAUCCAAAGAAUGGAACCCGGCGACCUUCUACAUUGUCAUGUUCACUUUGAUCGGAUCACAAGCUAUUCGAAUGCUAUCACUGAAGAAUGGUUAUGCGACAUAUACCCGCAGCGUGGAUGCGAAGAUUGAAUUGUUGAGAGGGGUUAUUGAGCGGAUCCAGAGCGGCGAGAAGGUUGAUGUGGAGAAGUUAUUGGGAACGGGGGAUGAAGGCAAGGAGCGAGAGUGGGAAGAAGUACUGCGCGAAAUCGAACAAGAAGAUAGUUUAUGGCAACAGAGACGGGCUAAGGAAUCUCCGAAGGAAUCCUCGGAGACGAAGAUGGAGUCAGUUCAAAGCUCAGAAGACAAGCAACCAACGGCGCCUGCUACAGCGAGUGUGGAUAACGAGUCUGCGACAAAGGCGAAGUCGACUCGAAAAUUGAACUUCUUCUAA